CAAAGUGGCACAGUCCAGUUCUCCGUGUACGCUCAUCAUCAUCAACAUGGCGCCGCUUUCUGAAGCCAGAGAGCGAGAGAUCGAAGAGUGGCGUCAGGCUCGCGCCAAGAUCCGUGCCGACCGCCAUGCCUUCUUAAAGGACCAAGUCUUGGCGCCGAACGAGCCCCUGCCCCCGAAGAACCCGGGUUUUUCGGCGCGGUGGUCGGGCUGGUGGGCCACACAGGGCGCCAAGUUCGUCCCGAUGGUGGUGCAAACUCCAGUGCGGAAGGGCGGCAUGUUCUUUCUCAAGUGGGUCCUACCACUCUGGGUUGGGCACUACCUCUUCAAGUACAACUUCUUAGGUAAGGAUGAUGGCAUGACUGGUGUCGUCUACAGAAGACCAAGGGUUUACCCGAAUGAUUCAAAAUUCAACCCACCACCUGCCCCUGGGGAAGCAUAACCAACCAGCAGCGCCAUCUAGCAGCUGGUGGGAGAAGGACAGUUGGAUGCACUUUUUAGCACAUAAAACAUAGGGACUUUCAAUCUUCAAGUUCAAACUUUCAGUCUUACAAUUUGCCUUGCAGAGUGACAUUUCUGGAAAUCUGUGCACAUGUUGAAGGUUGUUAACACACAAUGAUAUGAUUUUUGCCUGGGAUAUGAUUAUUAGUAACCUCUUCCCAUUUUUGAGUUGACAGAUUGUUUUCAUUCAUGUUGCUUAAAGAGAAAAGACAAAGUACAUGUAGACAAUAUAUUUUGCAGAAAUAAAUCUUCUUUAUUCCCUUCCAAGUUCAAUCUUUCGCAUAUUGAUUUACGUACAUGUUUGUAUCUACAGAUACAGAUACCUUCCUAACAAUUUUUGGCAACAGACAGAAUGUACAACUAUAACACUUCUUAAAGAAUGUUCAA